AUGGGUCGUCUCGAAGGCAAGAAUGCUAUCAUUACCGGUGCCGCAGGUGGCAUCGGUCUCGAAACUACCAUCCUCUUUGCCCGGGAAGGUGCCAGCGUCCUGAUGGCUGACAUCUCCGAGCCUGCUCUGGCCAAGGCCAUCGCCAAGGUCAAGGAAGUUGUGCCAAAUGCUCCCCGCCUGGAGACCAUUCGCUGUGACGUGUCAAAGGAGGCCGACGUACAGGCCAUGGUCGAGUCCCAGGAUAGCUGGGGUGGUGUGGAUGUGAUCUUCAACAAUGCGGGUAUCAUGCAUGCAGACGACGCGGACGCCGUCGACACCAAUGAGAAGAUCUGGGACUUGACACAGAGCAUCAACGUGAAGGGUGUAUGGUUUGGUUGCAAGCACGCUGUAUUGAGCUUGCGGCGUCACAAGAAAACCCGCGGCUCUGUGAUCAACACUGCCAGCUUUGUUGCAUUGAUGGGUGCCGCUACCCCCCAGUUGGCCUACACUGCCUCCAAGGGAGCUGUCCUCGCUAUGACAAGAGAGUUGGCAGUUGUGCACGCCCGCGAGGGAUUCCGUUUCAAUGCGCUCUGCCCUGGUCCUCUUAACACCCCUCUCCUCCAGGACUGGUUGGGCGAUGACCAAGCCAAGCGAUUCCGUCGUGAGGUGCACUUCCCCAGUGGACGCUUCGGUGAGGCCGUGGAACAGGCUCAGGCUGUCCUCUUCCUGGCCAGCGAUGAGAGCAGCUUCGUGAACGGAACAGACUUUGUUGUUGAUGGUGGACUGACCAAGGCAUACGUGACCCCCGAGGGCCCUGCCGCCGCGGCGCCUAAGAACCUUGCCCAAUAG